UGCUCUUCUUUAUAUUCAUUUCUACACAAAAAUAAAAACAAACUACCUUAAUCACAAAGCAAAAAGGAGCAUUUUUUUUAAUAAUAAAUUAAUAAAAGCUCCGGCCAACUUCCCGGUAAUACUCCGCCGCCGUGCAUCCCGGACUUUAGUUCAGUUGGGUUACUGAAAUUUAACGAAAUGGGUCAAGAAUCUUUCAUAUACAGUUUUGUAGCUCGUGGUACUAUGGUACUAGCUGAAUACACAGAGUUCACCGGGAAUUUCCCGGCGAUUGCAGCUCAGUGUUUGCAGAAAUUGCCCUCUUCAAAUAAUAAGUUCACUUAUAAUUGUGAUCAUCAUACUUUUAACUUCCUUGUUCAAGAUGGUUAUGCUUAUUGUGUAGUUUCCAAAGAAUCUGUGGGCAAGCAAAUUUCUAUUGCAUUUUUGGAACGUGUGAGAGCUGAUUUUAAUAAAAGAUAUGGUGGUGGUAAAGCAGAUACGGCUGUGGCUAAAAGUCUUAAUAAAGAGUUCGGACCUGUCAUGAAAGAACACAUGCAGUAUAUAAUUGACCACGCUGACGAGAUUGAGAAACUACUAAAAGUUAAAGCCCAAGUGUCUGAAGUCAAAAGUAUUAUGUUGGAGAAUAUUGACAAGGCCAUUGAAAGAGGGGAAGACUUGACUAUACUAUCUGGCAAGACUGAGAACCUGCGUGAUUCGGCCCUUGAAUUCAAGACAAAGGGGACUCAAAUACGGCGGAAGAUGUGGUAUCAGAAUAUGAAAAUAAAGUUGGUUGUGUUUGGCAUCAUCCUGCUAUUGGUUCUUAUAAUCUGGCUUUCAAUUUGUCGUGGCUUCAAUUGCACGAACUAGCAUAUCAAUGCACACAGUUGGGACCGAAUUCAUACACAUGUGGACUGACAGGAUCCAAACAGGCACAUCUGAGGAGGAAUUUGCCAUGAAGAAAGUAAAGCAUCUAUAUGGCCUUUGUUUCAGAAACCUUUUAGAAAAACCAGAAAAAAACAUUCUUUUUUCCUGUGUUAUUUUCUUAUAGAUUCUUAGAGCAGUGUGAAUGUCUUUUUAUUAGUGUGUUUGUUUUCGGGGAGGCCUCGGCGGGGUGGAGGGUUGCAGGCAGUGGAUAUAAGCUUAAAAUUGUGUAUUCUGUGCUGUGUAUAUUGUAGACAUGCUAGAUAUCUAUAAUUGGUAAAAGAAUUUUGAUUCAGUGAAAAUAUCUGUGAUUGAUAGCUUUGUUGUAA